GUGUCAAAGCAACAGGGCAGGUUGUUGUGCGCCUAGAGCGGUGUCCUUGGGCAGAUGCACAGUGUGACCUUGGCUGUGAGCAGACAGAAGACCCUCAGUAAUCAGCCCCUAUGAUCAGGAAGGAGGCUGCGGCUCAGCACUGUCAGCAGAGGAUGCAGCCCCUCUCAGCCCAGCACAGACAGGAGCCCAGCACUGCAGCUGAUCACUGCAGAGGCUGGCACAUCUGAUGCUGCUGCCAGGGCACACACAUGAGGGAAAUGUGAUGCUUCUGGGGCAUUUGGGGGGGAGGGGGGGAACAUGUACUCCAUGAGCUGCUCACAGUCACCAAGAUCUUCAGCCUCAUCAUGGAGAACAUAAUUGGCUUCUGAGAAGGGAGGAGAGACAGACACAGAGAAGGGGGCUGCAAGGAACCCUCUGGUGGGGGGUGGUGGUGGGGGGAUCAUCCGUCUUCCCAUGUCCUGGGCUCUUGUAAACUUUACCCUGGAAGCUGCACAAUGGGGUACCUUGUCCUCUGGAUGGUAGCACUAAGGAGGGCUGGGCGAGGGGCUUGUCAUGCUUUCACUGUGAAUAACAAGGACAUCUUCUUCCCCGCAGUCCUACAAUAAAUAAGGAAACUGGUAGUGGUGGUUUAUUUCGUGGACCCCCCCCCCCCCCCCGCCAUGGGGUACGCGGACCCCUCAUCUAGCAGGGACCUGCUGGGGAACAGAACUUUAUUUUUCAUAUUCAUCUGCGCCUUCGCCCUGGUGACCUUGCUGCAACAGAUCCUGUAUGGCAGGAACUACAUCAAGAGAGGACUGCAGUUUAGCUGGCAGAGCGGAGAGGAGUUGGGGAAUUGGACGGGGAUCUUUAAUUUCACGGAUGACGGAGCAGUGAAGACGGGCAAUGACGCAGGCGGCAGGUAUUUUGAGUUUUAUGAAGGUCCUUUGGAUUUCAACUCAACGAAAUGUUUGGAGCUGAGGCAGGACAUCAACGACGUGAAGGUUCUCUCUAUGGUAAAAGAAACAGAAUUAUUUGAUCGUUGGAAAAGUCUUCAGAUCUGCAAAUGGGAGAUAAAUACAACAGAAGCCAAUAAUUUCAAAUCUCAGUUGAGCAGGUGCUGCAAUGCCCCUUCCUUCCUGUUCACCACCCAGAAGAACACGCCGCUCGGAACAAAGCUCAGAUAUGAAGUGGAUACCAGUGGUAUAUUUCAGAUCAGCCCUGAGAUCUUCAAGAUAUUCCCCAAGGAAAUGCCUUAUUAUCGAUCACAGUUCAAGAAGUGCGCCGUGGUCGGGAAUGGAGGAAUACUGAAAAACAGCAAAUGCGGAAAAGAAAUAGACAACACUGACUUUGUCUUCAGGUGCAACCUGCCUCCCAUAUCUGAUAAAUACGUGGCGGAUGUGGGCAUCAAGACGGACGUGGUGACAAUCAAUCCGAGUAUUAUAACAGAAAGGUUUCAGAAGUUAGAGAAAUGGCGGAAACCUUUCUAUGACGUGUUACAGGGUUAUGAGAAUGCUUCUAUCCUUCUCCCUGCCUUCUACAACACCCGCAACACCGAUGUGUCCAUCCGGGUAAAGUACGUCUUGGAUGACUUUGAAUCCCAACAAUCCGUGUAUUAUUUCCACCCUCAGUAUCUCAUCAAUGUUUCCCGCUUUUGGCUCAUCCAAGGUGUGAGGGCCAAACGCAUCAGCAGCGGCCUGAUCCUGGUGACGGCCGCUCUGGAACUGUGCGAUGAGGUCCACCUCUAUGGCUUUUGGGGCUUCCCCAUGAAUCCAUCAGGAAUCUUCAUUACUCAUCAUUAUUAUGACAAUGUCAAACCUCGACCAGGCUUCCACGCCAUGCCUUCAGAAAUUUUCAACUUUAUCCAUAUGCAUAGUAAGGGCAUCCUCCGUGUCCAUACCGGCACUUGCUUCUAAGAAGCCUCGUCCAACACGUGCCACAUACGCAUUGGAUGUCUUCACCGAAAUUAUGCAAUAAUGCUUUGAGCAGACUACGUAGGACGAUGCCUCCAAAUGAGUUGGCGAUUGUGAGAAAGCCACUUCAAGGAAUUAUUUAUUGUCAAAGGGGAGUAUGGUAAAACUAAAAAUAUGAAAAAGUAAGAAAAAAAGAAAGAAACCAUCUUCAUCAGCACUGGUUUGACAGCUACAAUUCCGCAAAGCACACAAGAAGAAUUAGCACAUGCAGUGCAUUUACCAGCAUCUACCACUGACCCUCCAUCCAUUAUGGACACUGAAGGAGGGCAGAACAGUCGGUGUCCUCACUAUGACCAUAUAGCUCCGUGUUAUUUCCUGCUUUUUUGGGUUUUAUGUUACCCUAAAAAAAAAAAAGGUUCAUAAAGGGAAUUCAUGAGAAACAAUGGAAACUUACCACAUGAUAGAAGCCAACGAAGCCCUAUGGGGCAAGCUUGUCCAUUGGUGACCCAUUAUGCCUUUACCAUGAAAGCUUGCUAUUGCCUUUCCCAGUGGGCAUUGAUGGACAUUAUUAUUAUUCCCACCUUGGGUGUAUGCAACAUUGGCGCACAGGUAGAAAGGAUUUGCAGGGAAACCAAAACAUGAUGUAUGUUGAUGAAGGGAAGCUCUGCAUUGGCACUACUUAGAUUUUUUUAAAUAGCAUUAUGGGGGAUUCUCAUGUAUUAAGAGGCGCUGUGAGGGUCCACAGAAUAUACCAUAUAGAUGAGGGUCCUACCUCUAGGAUGGAACUAGUCUCCAGAAAAGGGAUCCUUGUCCUACCUGGUGACCAGACAUGGGAACUCCAAAAGGGGUAAAUCUAGUAAAGCUGGUCAUACACACAAGAUGUUGGCCUGGUGCUCAUGCAGCCAUUAGUUAUCUCUUUUAAUCCCCCCCCCAUACAUCUGCAUGCUCAGUUUGGGAAGUGUGCAUGUGUUUUGAGUAUGGAGAGCCUAAACAAGGACACCUCUGUGGUGGCUUAUCUCCUGGAGAACAGAAGAAUGGGGCAGUUGAUGUCCAAUACACCCAAUCCUUCUCUCCUCCAACAUCUGUCAUUGAGGAACAGUCGGGAGGCCACCAAGUUCAUGGUAGGCCGGUCCUGCCGAAAUGAUCAGAUAUGGCCAACACCUAUCUAUGACCAGCUUUACAUGACCACUUCUAUGUUUAUUUCUGGGCUGGAUAUGGUAACCAGUGGCCACCUCACUAGGUGGAACGAGGUUAGGUGUUCCCCCAAUCUAAAAUGAGGUGGAAGUCUCAAAGGUGGCAAUGCCAUAAUGUGUGUGAUGGGAAAGGUCCUUUUAAAGAAGUUUUAUGCCAUUAUAUGCCUUUUCAGUUUGAUAGAAGAGUGCCGUAUAUCUGCAGUGCAUUAGCCGCUCCUCUAUGUCUCUUCUUCGUUGUUUUUAGAAAUUAUUUUUGUCUCCUAAGUGUCAUAACAGGCAAUACGAAUAAAAGAGUCACUAUAUUAAGGUUGGUGUUAAAACUCAGGAAUAAUUCACAGCAGUGCGUUCCCAUUUACCGCAGGCUGCCAUUAUACCUCCGAAGAAAAACAAUGGGGCUGGUUUAUGAACCUUCUGACAGCAAAACUCUUUGUUGCCCAUAGUAACCAAUCACGGCGCAGCUUUUAUUUCUCUAUCUGCAAAAUGAAGGCUGGGCUGGGAUUGGUUUCUAAGGGCAACAAGGACUAUGAUUCUUUCAGACAGGUUUCACAGAUCUGCCGCGAUGUUUCAGAACUAUAUAUUUAUAAAGUUUGUGUCUGAGAGUUCACAAACUUGCUGUGAUUGGCGACGGGGGGCGACACUUUUUCUAUGUAUCAUAUUUUCUUUUUCUUUUCUAUUUUUCUUAUUAACGGAAAGAGUUAAAUAGUUUAAAUCGUUAGACAUUCACUUUACAUUGAUUUUUAAUUUAUAUUUGAAUUAUAAUAUUUAUUAUUGCAAAAGAAAAAGUUGCCAAAUCUUUAAGAUCAGGUCACUGAACAGUCAACAAAGGGGCUGUGGCCAACAGCAAAUCGUUUAAAGGUGUCUGGGUAUUUUUUGGUGGCUCCCUCUACUGGUAGAAGAUAUAAAAUGUUACAUAUAUUUUUUUAUAUACCCUUAUGUUGAAAUGGUAGAUGAAUAUGGUACUGGAUGUAAAAAUGGAACGUAACCUUUUGGUUUUAUGUUUGGUUUUCCAUUUUAAUAAUUUAUUUUCCAAUAAGUCAAUAAAAAAAAAUUGAGCUCUGAGCCUGUAUAUAUUUCUGGGUAAAUUUCCCCCUUUACCUGUUUUAUUCCCGAGCACUCCACUUCCGCCCCUAACUUGUCUCGAAACCAUACCUUCUAAGACAAUAGGGGGCGGGUGUCAAGUUGAGAUCAUCAUGCCCUCAUGACUAUGGCUUGGUACCCAUCCUUUCUCAUCUUGGCAGGUAUAAAUCUGUGACAGGUUAAGGGCGUAAGUGGAUUGAUAGGGAGCUGAACAGGUAAUACCUUUUUUUGCUUCCUAGACAAGAGAUAACUUAUGCCCUAUCCAAAGGAUAGGGGAUAAGUUAUAGAUCGAAGUUAUAGAUUGCACUGGGAACCCCCCCGCCAUAGAGAUAUGCCAUAGAGAUAAAUGGAGGUGGCUUCCUGCGGUGGUCGGAAAGUCAGCUUUCGUCAGACUGCCAGGGCCCCGUUCAGGAGACCCCCCACGAUCCUUUGGAUAGGGGAUAAGUUCUUUUCCCCUGCACUGCUCCUUUAAAGGAAUACACCGGGAAAGAGGUUUUUUUUUUAAACAAAAAUUUGGCAUUUAAAGGAAAAACAAAAACAAUUUAGACUUACUUACCGUCGCUUCCCCUGGUGCAUCUACAUCUGGCCCAAUACCUCACACUACCGCUCAGAUUAUUGAUAGCCAAGGCGGGACAUCGCUGCUGCCGGUGAUUAGCUGGGAUGCUGGGAGUUGGAGUUUUGCAAAAGCUUGAGGCGGUGGGUUGUGUACAGAGCUCAACAGUUCAGAGCCUGACCCUUCAUUUAUUAAAGCACUUUAACACUUUCUGUAGCUUAUUUAUAUAUUAUUUUUAUUAUUAUUUUUUUUACUGAUUAGCGCCAGAUACUAAAACAUGUUUGUUUUCUUUCCUAAUCAAUUUCUAUUUUCUGAUUUAUUUUAUUUUAUGUACAUUAUUAUAGAGGCAGCCAUCUUGCUGGAGCUGUUUUUAACAGCAUUUAGUGAUAUGCUUUAUGCCAAGCCCCAUGGACAUAGAAACAAUGAACAUCUCCAGACCCUAUUCUUUGUAUGGGGAAGGUUUGUAAGCAUGUUAUGUGACCAGUGCAGAGGUCAUUCUACAGGGGAAGGGUAGGCUAGGCUGCUAUUGCCUUAUUUUCAAAAUAGUAUCAUUAUCCUGUACCCCAAGUGUCAGUGUCAUUAUCCUGUACCCCAAGUGUCAUUAUCCUGUACUCCCAAGUGUAAGUGUCAUUAUCCUGUACCCCAAGAGUCAGUGUCAUUAUCCUGUACCCAAAGUGUCAGUGUCAUUAUCCUGUACCCCAAGUGUAAGUGUAAUUAUCCUGUACC